ACAGCAAACCAACACAGGUUCGGAAGAGCGAGCCCAGCCGAGCUCGGAGCUUCGGCGACCGGACACUUCCUCUGCGACGCCCGCCGAGUCAUCCCUGCUCCAGGAGUCCUGUCCCGGCCGCAGCCACGCCACCCCUCAAUCCCGGACACCCAGCACCAUUCAGCGCGAAGCUCUUUCACCAGAUCUAUGGCAUUCUGACAAUGAACAAGCGCGCUCAGUUAUUGGAACAGCUGCAGUUUGUCCAGUUGAAAUGCACACCUCGAGACAUGCCCUGUGUGCAGGCUCAGUAUGGGCCUGCCCCUCCAGGCUCAGCCUAUUCUGGCCAGUCCUUCAGUUACCAGGGCGACAGCUACAGCUCUGACCUCAUGACCCCUGACUACACCAAGCUGGAACUGGGUGAUGGUGACAUCUCUGCCGCCGCCGCCACUACCUCCCUCCCCAGUUUCAAUGUCUUUGUGGAGGGCAGCUACGAGCCCAAAUCCUCCUGCCUCUACCAGAUGCCUCCCCACAGGCCCACCAUCAAAAAGGAGGAGGAGAGUUACCCAACUGCCCCGCCACUGGAGGCCAUGUCCUCCUCCACCAUGUACUUUAAACAGUCUCCCCCGUCCACCCCCACCACCCCAUCCCUGCCGCCUCAGCCUGGCACCUCCUUCUUGUGGGAGGAGCACCCCCUCGCCCCGCCAUCACACCCCCACUCUCUUGGCUCCAGCUUGGAUGCAGGCCCCCUCAAGUCGCCCCGCUUUCCGCACUUCUACCAGCACUCGCCACCCCACAGUGGCGGUAGCGUCGGUGGUUAUGAGAGUCUGGGUGGAGGGCUGGUUCGCACCUCUUCCUCUUCCUCCUCCUCCUCCUCUUCGAUCUCCCAUCAUCACGGUCCACCCCUGGAGCAGCCCAUGUACCAGCUGCACCGUGGGGCCGGGGGCAGCAGCCUCGCCUUCCGCUCCCUGGCUCUUGGGCCCUGUGGCCCCCUAUUAGGAGACAGCCUGCCCUCACCUCCGCCACGUUGCCCCCAAGGAGAGGGCACCUGUGCAGUGUGUGGGGACAAUGCUGCCUGCCAGCACUACGGCGUACGCACAUGUGAGGGAUGCAAGGGCUUCUUCAAGCGCACAGUGCAGAAAAACGCCAAGUAUGUGUGUCUGGCCAGUAAGAACUGUCCUGUGGACAAGAGAAGACGCAACCGCUGCCAGUACUGCCGCUUUCAGAAGUGUCUCAGUGUCGGCAUGGUGAAGGAAGCCUCGCCUGACCUCCAUAAAGAAACAUGA